AUGGACAAUAAGCUCGAGUAUCUGCGCAGCGUCGCGGCCCAGAACGACACCUCGGGGCUCAAGCUGAAGCGUAGCUCCUGGAAGCGGCCCAAUCGCCGGCACAAGGCCACCCGGCAGCUGAUGACCGACGAAUGGAAGCGGGUCACCAACGCAAACUCCGACAAGAACAUGCUCACCUAUUUCAAUGUCGAGGCCCCACCAAGCAUAUACCCCGCCAAGAAGUACUGUGAUAUCACGGGCCUCAAGGCAUCCUACAAGGCUCCCGGGAACGGGCUCCGAUUCCAUAAUAGCGAGGUGUACUCGCUCGUGAUCAAACCUAUGGCUCCAGGCGUCGACCAAGAAUACCUCAAGCUGCGUGGUGAUAACGUGGUGUUGAAGUAG